AUGAUCCUUCCUUCACUGGGCAGCACGACGAGUUCAAGGGAUUUAGCAGCAACAGCACUCGCAGAGCUUCGCAGAGAGUCGCAAGACAUAUACAACCGCAUCCAUUCCAUCGCUGAAGAUGCAGAAUUCGUCAAACAGGUCCGCUAUCACUAUGGCGAUCUUCCACUUCUGCCCAACAUGCGAUGCGGCGCUUGGUAUGUCGAUCCGGACAUCGUAGGGGGUUGGCUCUCCCUCCAUCCAUCGCAACAUACAUAUUUUAAAUCCACGGACGGUCAUACGAAUAACUGGAGUUUUAACUUGCGCAGGCCCAACCUGCAUAUACUGCCAUUGAUAGUACAGUACCAUGGGCUCAUCCUGGUCGACUCAACUCGCGCCGGGAAACGUAUGCCAGAUGCACUUUCGAAGACAGUGCCAAUAUGGUGCUCGGUCAUAAAUCGUGCUCUUGCUCUCAAACAUCCAUCCAGCUUCGACGGUUGGGACACUGCACUAUACACACCUCCUGGGGUCGUGAGCACACAGGAGCACUGUCAGAUUGAAACGAAACUGGAUGAAUGGGCUGCAGAAUUAGCUGCAUCCUUUUACGAAAUCCCCGAGUUGCAACAUCCUUUGAGGCCAGUAUGGAUCACGCCUGCAACAAGCACGUAUCCCGAUCUAUCAUCAAAUGCGUUGUCUUUCUAUCCUGUCGUAUGUUUGUCUGCUUCGAAGCAGGUCACAGACGGCUUAGAGCGCCGUACUGCCGGGUUCACUUACAUUCAAGGAUCUGGGGACGAUCAUGAAUUGUGGAGCAUGGGACUCACAUCGAAUGUAUUCUGGAGAAAUCGCGACCAGCUACUGAACGCGACGCGCUCAGCACUACCGGACCUCGUCCAUGGGUUGACCUCUUGCUCUGACACACCUCGUGGUAGGGGUACCGAUGAAUUAUGCUUGACCCCAAUAAAGCACGUUUCUAGUCUAAUUUCUCUAUGCUCUACGAGCACGCUACAGUUUGCCAUGCCAUUAAUAGCGACUUCUGGUAUGGCCGUGGUGUGUUUGACGUCCAACGACUUGUGCCAGGUUUGGAAUGCGAGCACCGCAGAACCUUCUCGGUGGUUAUGCAUACAAGUUCCGGAGGGUAAGAAAGGACAGCACGAUUUCUUACGAACCGUUCUGCCACAAUCUGUGCCUUUCAUCAAACGACACCUUGUUGACGGGCACAAGGUUUGUAUUGCGUGCGACUCUGGGUCAGAUACCAGUGUAGGCGUAUGCAUGACUGUUUUAGCGCUGUUCUUCCGCGAAGACGGGUCUUUCAACCCUCUGGAAAACGGACAACACAACUUAUGUAAGGAGUUCCAGAAAUCGUCUAGAUGA